AUGCCAUCUUCGUGUUUAGGUGAUCUCCCUGUCGAAUUAUUGCAAGCGAUUGCAUCUCGGUUGGCGACAGAAGAUCUGUGCUCGCUUAGGUCAUCCAGUAAAAGGAUCUAUGAGAGCACUCAGCACAAUUUUCGCUGUUCCUUCUUCCAAAAACUGCAGAUAAACCUGUCAAUAAACAGUCUUGAAAGACUGAGAGACAUAGCAAAUGAUUCAGAGCUAGCACCGCAUGUCCACACUCUUGUCGUGAAAUUUGUCGACGAACCAGAGGACAAACUUGGAGAGGGGUUGUCAUGGAAUCGACAUCCCUCCGGUUAUCUGCUACCAGAGGCAGGUGUUCAGCAAUGGACCGAUGUUCUGCGCUGCCUAGUGAAUUGCACGUCAUUUCACCUGAUUCGGGUGGGCUGGUCUGAUGAAGACACAUGUCUCAACUACUUCACGUCCACAGACAUCAUAACGGUUAUUCUGAAUGGUAUCAUCAAGGCUCGCAUCUCGGUUCGAGAAUUCUUCGUGGAUUUCAUACCUGAAGACAGACAGGGUGCCAAUGCACUCGAUGAGAGACGCCUCAAUGUGCCUGAUCUUUACAGACCAGAGUUCAUCGCUGUUUGGGCCAACUUGCAAGCUCUUGUUUUGAAUUUCUCGAUGGAACAAAUCGAGAUAACCGACUGGAUCGACCCAAUGUUUCGGCAUGCAACUGAUCUCCGUAAAUUGACAAUUAAAUUUGAUAGAGGAGAUGCACAACACGCAAUUAUCGAGCGCCUCUCCUCUAUCGAAACGCCUUCCCAACUGGAAGACCUCACACUGGAAACUGUGACUAUCCCGAAAAUAAGUGAAGCGAGCUUCAGCAAGCUGCUGUGCCAAUAUCGCGACAGUCUUCAUGUCCUCAACAUGCGACAAGUAACCUUGGAUGAUCCGAGUUGGAAAUCUGUCUUUCGAAAGGUAAUCGACUUUCCUUUACUCCAAAGCUUCUCAUUCAAUUUUCUCAGAGAAGACGGUAAAUUUGUCCAUUUUCCUAUUGCAUCUACGAUCCCGGUGACAGGACAGGUCACAGAGUUUACGUUUCGUUCAAAGGUUAGAGGACGAAGAACUAUUAAUACGUGUGUCAGGUGUCGGGGACCGAGUGCGAAAGCCACUUUUCAGAAACUUGUUGAGUCGAUGGAGGUAGAUAGGCCAUCAUAUCGGGCGACCAGAGCAACCGGUGAAUAG